UAUAGUCUCUGGGUGCAAUAGAAAAGAGACACUGUAAGAUUCACAGUGUUAUUUAUUUUAAAGCUUUACCAUUGCUGGAGGUUGAGUUUGUGUUGUCCAGCAGAUGUCGUCAUACACUUUGGAUUCAUUCAGACUUCCGCUCUCCAGCACGUGUCACGUCACUACAAACAAACACGACGCUCAAGAAGUUACGCAAGGUGUUCAGCCGUGUUUAUGGUUAAUCUUCUAAGUGUAAAUAAAGAAGUUGCCACUGUAAAAACGGCGAAACCGCAUGCUCAAAUAGAAAUGGAAGUAAUUGACAGCCCUCUAAAUCGUGCUCAUCAUUACGGCCGAAGGGCAGAUCAGUUGGUGAUGAAAGGAAAAUAUGAGGAGGCGAUUGAGUGCCAUCAAGAAGCAGCAGAGCUGUUGAAAGAAGCUUCAUCAAUGACACAGAGUCAACAGGUACGCCUGUCUUUAGAGCUCCAAAGAGACAGACACCUCCAGCAGCAGAGACUGAUCCAGAUGAGCUGCAGGCAGACUCAACUUAAAGGAGAGCUCCUGGUAAGCUCUGCCAGACCCUCCUCUUCAGUUCUGGGCUGCAAGACCGCCAAAGAUGACAAGACCCGGCUGGAGGAGCAGAGCACGGCCAUUGCUGACCUGUGGAGGCUGGUGCUUGUCCUGCUUAUGGACAACAAGAGGUUGCUGGAGGAAAACAAGCGACUAAACGCGGAGAAUGUGGGUCUGACUAUGAGGAGAGACCCUUAUGAGGAAAUGCAGAGCCCUUCGGCUUCUCAAACUCAACCAGUUUUUUUGAGUUUGAGGCUCUUGGAGGAGAGUCCUGACCUCCAGCAGCUGAUGGACACAGCAGAGCACAGCUAGGCCUGCAGCUACAUUCACUAUCACAGAGGCUUGGUUUCAUCAUGACAUAAAAGAACAGUUAAGGUAAUUCUUUAUUAUCAUUAUAAAUGUAGUGCUCAGUUUAUUUAAGUACUCUUAUCAAUUUCUUAGGUUGGUGCAUUUGAACAAAACAGAUUUAUUAGACAGAUAUAUAUUGUAAAAUAAUAUUUUAGAAAUUUUAG